GCGGGACGGUGUAGUGUAGGAAAGGGAUAAACACAGAAGUGGCCCUGUCAGGCCAGGGCGGCUCUCUCUGAACCGGGAUCCGUGGUGGGGCUUUGCCCUCCCCCAGAGGAGAGGAGAGGAGCCCCCCUCCAGCCAGGAGACUGCUGGGAGAGAGGGGUGUACAAAGAGGAAGUUUCCCCAUCUUGGGGCUCCCACUCCCUGAAGGACCACAGUCUGACCCAAGCAGAGACCCCAGAGCCAGAGGGAAUGACCCCCGGGACCCAGAGGCCCCCAUCCCAGGGGUCAAUAACAUUCAAGGAUGUGGCUGUGAACUUCACCCAAGAGGAGUGGUGCCUGUUGGAUCAUUCUCAGAAAGAACUGUAUAGGGAGGUCAUGUUGGAGAAUGUGCAGAAUCUACUCUCUAUGGAGCUUCCAGUUCAUAGAGAAGAUUUUAUCUCCUGUUUUCAGCAAAAGGAAUCACUAUGGCUACUAGAGCAUAAAGGCCCAAAGAGCUCCUGUCCAGAGGCAGAAGCUAAUUUUGAAGUGAAGGAGAUGUCUGCAAAGCUGAGCCUUUUUGUGGAAGGAUUUGGCCCCCAAAGAUGCAUGAAUGAGGAUCCCUGUUACUUUAUUUUGAGAGAAAUGUAUGACUCUAAUAUCAAGGUAAAUAAAAAUCCAAAAAGUGACUGUGAAUGCGAAGAACCUGCAGAGAAAUUCAGCCAAUAUUCAGUCCUAAAUCGGUAUAUAAAAUUGAACUCAAGAAAUGACUGUUGGCAGGAUAGUGAAUACAGCAAAUGCUUUCCUGAAGAAGUAGGAUUUAUUCAGUCACCUAAGAAACCUGAAAUGCCCACAUAUCAAGGUAACCCAGGGGGAAUGGCCUUUGGUUGGAGUUUAGGCCUCAUUAGAUAUCCAAAAAGUAAAUGUGUAGAAGUGCUCUCUGUGAGUAAUAAAGGUGGGAAACCUUUCAGUCAGAACUCUGAGCUUGGUUCACAUCAAAUAGUCCACACUGGAGAGAAACCUUAUGAAUGUAAACACUGUGGAAAGGCUUUCACAGUGAUGGGCUCUCUUGCCAGACAUCAAAUAAUCCACACUGGAGAGAAACCUUAUGAAUGUAAACACUGUGGAAAGGCUUUUAUAUGGAGGGGUGAUCUUGAUAAACAUCAGAGAAUCCACACUGGAGAGAAACCAUAUGAGUGUACACAAUGUGGAAAGACUUUCACAGAGAGGAGCAAUCUUGCUAAACAUCAGAGAUUCCACACUGGAAAGAAACCUUAUGAAUGUAAACACUGUGGAAAGGCUUUUAUAUGGAGGGGUGAUCUUGAUAAACAUCAGAGAAUCCACACUGGAGAGAAACCUUAUGAAUGUACACAAUGUGGAAAGGCUUUCACAGAAAGGAGCAAUCUUGCUAAACAUCAAAGAUUCCACACUGGAGAGAAACCUUAUGAAUGUAAACAGUGUGGAAAGGCUUUUACAGUGAAGAACAAUCUUGCUGAACAUCAGAGAAUCCACACUGGAGAGAAACCUUAUGAAUGUACACAAUGUGGAAAGGCUUUUACACGGAGGGGUGAUCUUGCUUUACAUCAGAGAAUCCACACUGGUGAGAAACCUUAUGAAUGUAAACAGUGUGGAAAGACUUUCACACGGAGGGGCCCUCUUACUGAACAUCAAAGAAUCCACACUGGAGAGAAACCUUAUGAAUGUAAACAAUGUGGAAAGGCUUUCAUACGAAGGGGUAAUCUUGAUAAACAUCAGACAAUCCACAGUGGAGAGAAACCUUAUGAAUGUAAACAAUGUGGAAAAGCUUUCACACGGAAGGACCAUCUUGCUGUACAUCAGAGAAUCCACACUGGAGAGAAACCUUAUGAAUUUAAACAGUGUGGAAAGGCUUUCACACACAGGGACAAUCUUGCUGUAUAUCAGACAAUCCACACUGGAGAGAAACCUUAUGAAUGUAAUCAGUGUAGAUAGGCUUUCACAUGGAGGGGCAAUCUUAGAGCAUCCACAUUGGAGAGAAACUUUUAUCAAUGUAAUCAAUUUGGAUAGGCUUUCACAUAAAGUUCCACAGUUGCUUCAUGUCAGAAAAUUCCCACUGGAAAGAAACCUCAUGAGUGAGACUGAAUUUAUUGUUGCCACUCUUAGCUUAUUCAACAUAAGAGGAUCUACACUAGAAAGAAACUUUAGGAAUAUGGUCAAUGUGGUAAGACCUUUAGGCAACAAUCGUCUCUUAUUCCCAAGCAAGAAUUCCUUUUGGAUAAAAGGCUUAUUGCUAUCAUUUUAAUAACUAAAUUAAACUACAGUCCUUAAUUUCCAUAGAGUUUAUUAGUAUUUACUUGAAUAAGGCAGGCAGAUUGAGAAAAAGCCUAUUCUAAACUAGCCACAGGCUCCCUUAGCCACCUUCUUUUCACCACUUGCCCAAGAGAAUAUAGAGAGCCCCACUAUCUGGAACCCCCUCUAUUUUCUCCCUUUCUACCCGGAUGGAUUUCCCCCUCAUUUCUGGAUCAAGCCCGUAAGUCACUGACCCAUGACCCAUGCUGAAAUGCACUGACAUAACAUAGGGCUAGCAGUACUGGGACACAGGUAGGACCCCAGCACAUGAUCCUGGGAGGGGGUUCCCUUAACAUAAUCUUACCUUUGAUUCUUUGGGAGACCAGCAUUUGGGGUUUCUGGAAGAUUAACAUGUCAGGUCUCCCCAAUGAAUCAUUCCACAUUUGUAGCUUCUCUUACUGGAAGUAUAUAAAAUAUUGCACUUUACAUAAAGGGAAUUGCAACAAUUUGGGGAUAAAAAGGAAGGAAAAGAAAAAGGAGGAAGCAAACAAAAAAUAAUUGAUUGUAUGAUAUAUGACCAGAAAGGUCUCUCUCUCUCACACACACACACACACAUUGGGGAACUGGAGAGAGGAUGAGAGAACUGAAGAAAUGGAGAGAGGGAAGAGAUUGAUCCUCCCCUUUCUUCCCCUUGGGGAAGAUAGCACAAUUUGUCUUCUAGAGGGACAGAAUAUGUCUCCUCAGAGAUUGGGUUUGGGAGAUAGAGGUUAAGGACUGGAGGAGAAAGUCUUAGAGAAAUGACCCACUGCCUCCCUUCUUGAUCUCAGCUGUUUGCUGAGAGGCAGGUAAAUUUCCUGCCUCUAGAUCCUCCCAGUAUCCCAACUUCUCUCUUUCCCUUUGAGAUUUAGUUCACUCCUCAGCCCUGGUCUAGAACUAGUUCUCCCUUUUGGGGAACAGUAUGAUUCUCCCCAAAUCUUCAGUCUCCUUUGAUAUCAGCAAGUAGGCAGACCUGACCUAAAUGGCAACACUUUAUUCUUGAGAACACACAGGGCAGAGAGAGUGAGGGUGUUGGAUGAGGAAAGUGGGAGAUAGGAAUCCCUACAGAUUAGCAACUGAUCUGCCCCCCAAAUCCUGAGGGGUUCAGGCUGUCUGCCUGACCCUCCUUUGGUCAGUGUUGGGUUUCUCUUUCCUCCUAAGGCAAUAUGACUAUGAGUUGAAGUUCAGGACAAUUUGGGGGAAGAGAGAUCUCAGCAGAUAGCUUCCUAUAAAGUCUCAGUCUACUUUUGUCUUCAGCUUGAACCAGAGAGUUUUAGGGGUUCACUGGAAGGUAGUCAGUGUCCAGAAGGAUCCUCCAUCUCAGAGGUCCUCCUCUCGGACCAUCGACUGGCAGAGAGCUGACCAGUAGUAAGUUGGCAGUUUUGAAUUCUCCCCAUUCAUCUGUUCCUUCCUGGAAUCUUGAAUCUUCCUUGACCUUCCCUCACUUGAGCUGUUCCUUUGCAUUGCUGGAUAUGAUUUUUUUCUCUUUUUAUAACUUUUCUCUUAUAAUUGGCACAUUGACAAGCGAAAGAAAGGUGGCUGAGGGAGCCAUGUAGAGAGCAUUCACAUAGCCAGUUAGAAUUAGAUUUCUUUUCUCUCUACUUCUCUUAUUAUUAAGAACCCGAGUUUAAUUUAAUUGCACAUGAAUGAAGAAAAGCAUUAAAGUGGAGAGUCUAGAGCUUGUUCAGUACGAGAAAAUGUCUUUUGAACAGACAAGUUCCAAACUGACUCCCUGUAGGAGAACUUUCAGCCAGAGAUCAUCUCUUAUUUCAUAUCAGAGGAUUCAUAGUGCAGAAAAACCUAACAAAUGUGCUCAAGUUGUACGUGUUUUCCUCAGGAGGAGGGUGAUUAUUAUUUAGAGAAGUGCAAAUUAAGUCUGAGGGACCACCACACUUCUAUUAGAUUGACUAUUAUGACAAAAGGAACGUAACAAGAGUUAGAGGAGAUGUGUGAAAAACGAGAUACUAAUGAACUGUUGGGGAAGUUGUGGAAAUGAUUCAACCAUUCUAGAGAGCAGUUUUGAACUAUGUCCAAAGGACAUUAAACAGAAAGGAAAAGGAUCUAUCUAUUAGUAUUUUUUUAAAAAUAAACCACUUAAAGCUGCUCUUUUUGGUGUGACAAAAUAAUUGGGAAGUAAGAGGAAACUCAUAAAUUGGGGAAUGGCUGGGUAAAUUAUGGCACAUGAUUGUAAUGGAAUACUGUUGCUUUAUAAUGCAUGAGGAGGAGGAGCUCAGAAAAACCUGGAAAGAUGAGAACUGAUGGAGACUGAAAUUAGUGGAACCAGGAGAACAUUGCACAUUGCGACAGCAAUAUUGUAUGCAGAAAUGUGAAUUGAGCUAUUCUCAACAAUACAGUGGGCCAAAAUAAUCACAAAAGACUCAUAAUAAAAAAGAUUUCAUCUGUUUUCAGAGAAAGAACCGAUGGAGUCUGAAUCCAGACCAAAGAAAAAAAUUUUGACUUAAAAAAUUUUUUGUUUUGUUUAAGUUCCACAGAAGGAUCAAUUUGGGAUAAUGUUUUAUAGGAUUGCACAUGUAAAAUUUAUGUAAGAUUGCUUAACAUCUCAAGCAUGGAGGGGAAAAUCCAAGACUCAAAAUUUUAAAAAAGUUUGGAUAUUGUUUUUACACAUAAUUGUCAUCAAAAAAUAAAAUAUGAAAUGAUGAAGAAGAA